AGCAUUGGAGUUAUCUACCUAGGUACCUACCUACAUAUGAUUCUACAAGAGUUUGAAUAUCAAACAGCUUAGGUUGAUGUCCAGUUGCAACGUUGACAUCAAUUAACGAAUGACAUAAACAAGACCCCCACGUAAUAGGCACGUGGUAAUGUAAUGUUGGGGAUAAGCAACUAGUAUGCAAGGCACCUUAUGACGUUGUCUUGGUUGCCUGCCAUGUUUGACUCUUCCCCCCAAUCAUAUCAAUUAUCUCCGUUACAUAGUAGGUAUAUGUUUCUCACUGCGAAAGCCAAACCUUCCAAUAUACUCUGCUUAGGUACCACAUAGAAGUACUCAGAACCAAUUUGCCAUCAUGGAGCGAAAAUCAUGGAUGGUGCUAGAGAACAACCCUGAAGUGAUGAAUCGUUUAGCGGCAAAGUUAGGAUUGUCAUCUGACUUAUCCUUCUACGAUGUCUGGUCUCUCGAUGAACCCGAGCUGUUGGCCCACAUUCCUCGUCCUGCCCUUGCCCUGCUCGUCAUCCUGCCUCGCACCCCAGCUUGGGAAAAGGACCGCAAUACAGAGGACGCCGAAAAGGGUGAGUAUGAAGGCUACGGACCCGAGGAGCCUAUAAUAUGGUUCCAGCAGACAAUCGGUAAUGCAUGCGGGUCCAUCGGGUUCCUACAUUGUGCUAUCAAUGGGCCGACCGCUCAAUUCAUUCAGUCGGGUUCAGAUUUGGACAAGCUUCGCCGUGACGCAAUCCCUCUAAAGAUGAAGGAGCGAGCUGAUAUGCUGUACAACAGCGUUCCUUUCGAGGAAGCUCACAAAUCAUGCGAACAAUUGGGAGAUACCCCACCAAGCAACGAGGACCAUAUGGGCCAGCAUUUUGUUGCAUUCGUCAAAGUGAAUGGUCGGCUUUGGGAGCUGGAGGGGUCAAGGAAAGGCCCGUUGGACCGGGGUGCGCUGGAGGACAACGAGGACGUGUUGAGCCCAAAAGCGCUUGAUCUGGGCUUCAAGAGGGUUAUUCGACUUGAACAGGAGGCUGGUGGCAAAGAUCUACGAUUUAGCUGCAUCGCUCUGUCCCACAAGGCAUGAUUUGCGCCGGAGCUAGAAGCCAGAGGCUUCAUAUUCCCCACGAGUACCAGGUACCAGCGUGUUUCACAAGUGUAGGUGGGCUGGCAUGU